GUUGGGCCCUUGUGGUUUUCAGCAGUAAUGCUAUUCUGUGUUUUCCUGAUGGGUUGACACUGCAGUGUAAAUGAUCCUGAUUGUUUAAUCAGGUGCUUUGGGACUGAGUGCAGACACAUUGGAUCAUUUCAUUUCCUAAUAGCCUCUAAUGGCAACCAUCAAGUCAAUUCUCAUCAUCUCAUCAGGAGGCAGAAUCAUCAGGUUUUAUGCUUGGUUAAAGAGAAGCUACUGCUUGUGGAUAUGAAGUGAAUGAAUUGGCCACAGUUUACAGCUUUUUGAGGGCCUUUAAAAUUGGGUCACACAUAGCAACGUAAGAAAAUGGAUCUAAAAUCCAUAAAUGCAGACAUGCAGCAGCUUUGCAGAAACACAAAUCCCGAAGAGCAGGCUGAGGCUGACAGAGAGGGGAAAACUGCCUCUAAAAAGGGAACAACAAAAAGAACCAGGACCCUCAACGUUCUCCUGUGGACCAGAGCGGAGAACAGCACAGCGAACUAAUGAGCGCGACAUGAACCGCAGCUACAGGUGAGUCGGUUUGAAGGGCUGCUCUAUCUCGCCGUUCAGAGGAGCCGCUCGCGCGCUGCUUUUCGCUCUUCGCGCUGACGUCAGACUGGGUUUGUAGCUCGCAGUCAUCGUCACACGCUCUCCUCAGAGCGCAGGAGCAACACCAGCGGUCUGAACUUAUCUCCUGUGCGGAGGCGAGUCCCUGAUGCACAGAUCCUUUCUUUUUAUGCCCAAUGCUCAGCUGGGGAGCCGGUUUACUUCGAGCUAUCGAGGCAGGGAUGCCGCUUAAAUAGAGGCUCCUCUCCUCGCCGUCUCUUUUCCGUCUGAUUGGUUGAUUUAUUUCUCCAACUCAUUCCUCGCACCGCCACAGGAUCUGAACGAUUCGGGACCCACCAGCCCCCCUGCUCUGCGCUCGCUCAGAGUUAUCACGUGUUUAAGCCAGGUCAUCCAGAGGCUUGCUCAAACGCUGGAAACUGUUUCUCGGGAAGGUUGUGAAAACCUGCGAGACUGACGUCAAAGAUUAAACCAUCCAAAACACCGCGAACUGACCUGAAACUGAGCGAGCUGGACGUGACUCGAAAGCCUUGCGACACAACUCCCGUGUCCAAGUAGCCGUUCGCCCGCAACCCUAUGGGAAGUUUCCCUGAAGCCCGUGUGACAUCUGCGGGGCGCGCGGCGCUGCUGUCCACACCGACUCGUUUGGUGCUGUCGGGAAUUCGCGACCUGCACAUCCAUAUUCCCGUUUAAGGCCCCGGAGACACAACAGGAAAGAGCAGCAAGUGUUCAGCCUCGCUGAGAUCUGGGUGUACAUGCAUCAAUGGCAAGAAAUUUCAUUAGGGAAAGUUCAGCCAAGGAAAAUGAGACUUUCCUGAAAAGGAUGGACGUGCCAAGCAAGGAGAGCUGGUCACCAGAAAAUGGCCCCAAAUCAGUGGGAGGAAACUCGUACUGUUCCAGUCUAAAGAUGUUUCUUGUAGCCUUGUCCUUUGCCUACUUCUCGAAGACUUUAUCUGGGAGCUAUAUGAAAAGUACAAUAACUCAGCUGGAAAGGCGCUUUGACAUCCCCAGUUACUUAAUAGGAGUCAUUGAUGGAAGCUUUGAAAUAGGUAACUUACUGGUUAUCGCCUUUGUCAGUUACUUUGGUGCGAAGCUUCAUCGACCGAAGAUCAUUGCUGUUGGAUGUUUGCUGAUGUCACUGGGCACGUUCAUAAUCGCGCUCCCUCAUUUUAUUUCUGGCAGAUACGAGGUCGAAACAUCAGUUAGAUCAUCGAACUCAACAAAUAACCUCACUAUAUGUCUAGCAAGUUCACCUAGUGUGCAAGCAGGCAACCAGACUUCUAUUGGGUCAAACACAGGCUGCGAGAAUGAGUCCAAGUUAUCCAUGUGGAUCUACGUGUUACUGGGGAACAUCUUGCGUGGGGUCGGUGAGACCCCGAUACAGCCUUUGGGGAUCUCAUACAUUGAUGAUCAUGCUCUGGAGGACAAUGCAGCCUUCUACAUUGGGUGUGUUCAGACGAUAUCGGUCAUCGGUCCAGUGUUUGGUUACCUACUUGGAUCCCUUUGUGCAAAAAUAUAUGUGGACAUUGGAUUUGUCAACAUGGAGAGCAUUAGAAUCUCACCAGGCGAUGCACGCUGGGUAGGCGCAUGGUGGUUGGGUUACCUCAUAGCAGGGCUUAUCACCCUUGUGUCAGCGGUGCCCUUCUGGUUUCUACCUAAGUCUCUCCCUGUGCCAGAGGGACAACUUGCCAAAUGCUCUCCUGAGCGGACCAGCUUCAUUAAGGAGUCUCCUGUCAUGGACCACAAGUACCAUGCAGAUGAGCAAGCCAGCUUCUUAAGACUGGCCAAAGACUUUAUGCCAACCCUGAGAUCUCUCCUUGGGAACCCAGUCUACAUUUUGUACCUCUGUGUUACUGUCAUCCAGUUUAACUCUUUGAUAGGAAUGGUGACAUACAAACCAAAAUACAUAGAACAACACUAUGGACAGUCAGCAUCCAAAGCUAACUUCUUGAUGGGUGUGAUCAACAUCCCAGCUGUCGCCUUGGGAAUGUUCUCAGGGGGCGUGCUCAUGAAGAAGCUCAAGCUGAGCAUCAUGGGAGCAGCCAAGUUUGCCCUGGGAACAUCUUUAUUGGGCUACUUCCUGUCUAUGUUCUUCUUUGCCUUGGGUUGUGAGAAUGCCAAAGUGGCUGGCAUCACUGUGCCAUAUGGCAGAAUGGGCAGCCUCUCCCUUAAGAACAGCACACUCUUUGAUGAGUGUAAUAAACACUGCAUGUGCUCAGAGACGGAAUGGGACCCAGUGUGUGGUGAGGAUGGUCUCACGUAUGUUUCGCCGUGCUUGGCUGGGUGCCGGAUGUCAGAUGGCCCUGGAAUGAAAACAGUGUUUCAGCAAUGCAGUUGCGUGGCAGUAGGAAACCUAACAGCCUCUGUGGGCCAGUGUAUACACAGGGAGAGCUGCCAGCAAGUCUUCCCCUACUUCUUGGCUCUAUCUGUCAUCACUUCCUUCAUCAUCUCCUUGGGCGGUACACCAGGAUACAUGCUGCUCAUCAGAUGCAUUAGGCCACAGCUGAAGUCUUUAGCUUUAGGAUUUCACACCCUGACAACACGCACUCUAGCUGGCAUCCCAGCCCCUAUAUACUUUGGGGCAAUCAUUGACACUGCCUGUCUGAAAUGGAGCCAUAAGAAGUGUGGUGGAAAAGGAGCUUGCAGAAUCUACAAUACAACUGCCUACAGGAUAGCAUAUCUGGGCCUAACACUCGGCCUGAGGACAGCCUCCUUCUUCCUGUGUGCUCUGGGUCUUCUGGUCUUACAGCGGCACGUCAAAAGGCAGGAGAGCGGCACACUUUCUAAUGGCAACACUGGUAGCACUGUUGCAGAACUGCAAGCACUUAGAAAAGAGGAGACCAAUAACUCGAACUCAGACCAGUCCCCACGGACCUCAGACUAUGACCCUGAGCGGGAGACACGCCUGUGACACAUGCACUCCUGUCAGGCAGCCGUGCAGGAAACGAUCCGGUUGUGCCCAUGUUUGUUUGUUUUUUUCAGUAUAAAAAUAUUGAGUAUAAAAUUAUUUCUACUGGACAAUGUGAAAUACAUAAAUUUCUUGUUUUGACAUUUUGGAAUUAGCUCUUAAAUCCACAUUCUGUUUUACAAAAAAUAAAAAAAUAAAAAUCAAAAAAUGUAGCAAAGAAUUUUGGGGGGAGGAGGUGUGGGAAUGAGUUUUAUAAACAAGCUUUUUUAUUUGAAUGUUGUCAAUUGUAGAGAAGUCUUGUUUUGUCUGUAUUUUUCUAAAUACUAAAAUUAAUGUACUGCUUUGUGAAUGCAGUAUUUGGGUGGUGGAUUAAAUGCCAUUAGGGCUGUAAUUGAGCCUUUGGUUAAGGCAUGUUUGAUUCAUUUAACACUAUCAUUGGUUAUGUGUUGAGAGCAAACGGUGUGAUGAAUGUUCUAUUCAAAGCUGAGCAAAAGAGGCAGGCAAUAGACAAUAUUAAAGUUUCUAAUGCAGAUUGCUCAGUUCUAAUCUUGCUCCAUUAAGAAUGUUCGAAAUCAACUGUGGGCAGUAAUUUAAGCAUUUCUGUGUCUGAAAAGAUACUUUUUUUCCUUAAGAGUGUCAACAGGGUAACCAAUGAGUCUCUACAUAGAUAUGGAGUAACUUAUAUCUGCAGGACAAUUUGUGUGUAUUUCUAUUCUCAGCCUAAAGCUAAGCCUUUAUUAGCGUCACUGCUAUCAUAUCCAACAUAUCUGCACAUCUACAGUAGAUAGCAGCACCAAUCAAAAAUGCUCUUAGAGACAAUUAUACAAUGUCAUAUCCUAAAGCCAUUUUUAGAGCACAGUCUGGAAUGAAAAAAUACUGUUGCCUUGUAGGUACACAAUCAUAUAUGCAGUUGGAUGCAAAAGGUUGGGAAUCGCUGGCCAUAUUACAUAUUUGUUGAUUUUAUAUGUUAUUAAACAUUUUUGUGCAAAUUUUAAUGCACAAGGUACUUUAAAUGUGAUUAACUUUAAAAAUUCAGUGUGAAAAAAGUAAGCGAGGCAUGUUCAGAAGUUUGAACUUACUCCAUAGGACUGGAUAAGCAGGUGAAGAAUUGCCAGCUGAUGACAUUCCGGAGCACAAUUUUAGCCCUCUUCAAACAUUUUACUAACACUCAACAACUAUGGGUUCCUCUAAGCAGCUGGCUGAGCAAGGAAAGGCUAUAAAAAUAUAUCAACGCACUUCCAGCUUUCAAUUUCAUUGCACAGGUAGAUGAAAGAAUGGCUUCCACUAAAUGACCAUCACAGUUGACUUGAACAUCACUGAAAAUCUGUGGGUAAUUCUUCUGUGCAUGUUAAAUGGUCCAAGACAAAGUAACAGUGGGUGAAAACAAGAAUAGAAAGCCACAAGCUGGCUACAAAAAGUGUUUGGAGGUUAUCUACCAAAGGGAGUGCUGUUUAAGUACUGACUAAGUGGGGUGUCCGCACUUAUGCAUGUCACAAUUACAUAUUUUAUUUUUUCCUAUUUUCAAAAGAACAGUUAAAAUAAUUAAUUAAAAUGAUUUAACACUUACUCCAGACGUGAUAAGUGACCUGUUUCUGUAGUUUACAUUGGGGGAUUCUAGGCUAAUGUGUUAACAAACACUGGACCACAUCUGAAUAAAUACAUCUCUCUUUGGCAUUAAUGCCAAAAUGUUGAUUGCUUGCUUCAAAAAUCUAUAGAAAAGUUACAGACAAAUUACAAGUUUAGUAUCAUUUCAUUUAGUAAAACUGGACCAUACAGAACAAAAACAUCACUACAUGGGAAUAGAAGUUCUAUUUCGACAAUGAGGCACUGUGCAUGACAUUUUGUAUAAACACUCCUAAAAACUCUACUUCUAGUCUGGUAUAUUACCACAGAGUGCAAAACUCUUUGUAUGUGGUAAUCUUUUUUUUUUUUUUUUUACCUAGCAGUUACAAGGAAGGUCGCAAACAAAAAAAAUCUAAAAUUGCAGUUGUUCAAAGUAUAUUUCUACGGAUUAGCAGUGAAUUUGAAACUUUGAUUACUUUUUAGCUACCUUUGCUGUACACUUAGCUACUGUUAUUCUAUCUGUGCAGCUAACAUGCCUGAUAAGCAUUGCUUUUUGCAAUUUGACUGUAAAAAUAAAUAAACUGUCUUCAAUGUUGAUUUUUUUUUCAAGCACUGAUAUCAGUAGCUCUCCCACUCCUCACAGCAGAGACACUACCUCCAGCUAAUGCAUUUCUUCAUGAACAUAUACAGUUCAGGCUCAUUCGUGCUGAAAACGUGGUCCUCAAAAUCGUUAUCGGACAGUGUUUUUAUUUUCCAGUUCCAGUAGCCUAGCGUCUCUGCCAAGUUACCUUACACUGUGUGGUUAGGAGUUCAUGUUCAGGUUUCUCAGAUGCUAGAGGGCACUCCUGAGCGAGUCCAGAAAGAAAGGGGUAAGAUGAAGCAUUUUAGCAAAAUCAGAGUUUAUAAAUGCUUUAACAUGUUUUAUGUAAAAAGAAUACAUCAAUAAAUCAUUAUCUUAACACAGAA